AUGUCCUCAGGCCACCGGCUGCGGGACGUGGAGCAGCAGCGCCCCCUCCUGGACGAUGAGGAGGUGGCGAGGAGCCCCGCGCCCGGCGAGGCCGAGCGGCUCUGGUUCAUCCAGGACGGCUGCGGCAUGGUGUGCGCCCUCAUCACCUGGUUCCUGGUGCUGUACGCCGACUUCGUGGUCACCUUCGUCAUGCUGCUGCCCUCCAAGAGCUUCUGGUACGCCGUCGUCAACGGGGCGGUGUUCAACAGCCUGGCCGUGCUGGCGCUGGCCUCCCACCUGCGCACCAUGCUGACCGACCCGGGUGCUGUGCCCAAAGGAAACGCCACUAAGAAAUACAUGGAGAGCCUGCAGCUGAAGCCGGGCGAGGUCGUCUACAAAUGUCCCAAAUGCUGCAGCAUCAAACCUGAGCGGGCUCAUCACUGCAGCAUCUGCAAGCGCUGCAUCCGCAAGAUGGACCACCACUGUCCCUGGGUCAACAACUGUGUGGGGGAGAAGAACCAGCGCUUCUUCGUGCUCUUCACCAUGUACAUCGCGUUAACGUCGAGCUACGCUCUCGCUCUGUGUGGGUUCCAGUUCAUCACCUGCGUCAGAGUCCAGUGGAGCGAGUGCAGCGACUUCUCUCCUCCAGUCACUGUCAUGCUAAUGAUCUUCCUCUGUCUGGAGGGCCUCCUCUUCCUCACCUUCACAGCCGUCAUGUUCGGCACGCAGCUGCACUCCAUCUGCAACGACGAGACGGAGAUUGAGCGUCUGAAGAACGAGAAGCCGACGUGGGAGCGUCAGACUCGCUGGGCGGGCAUGAGGUCGGUGUUUGGAGGUCAGCCGUCGCUGCUCUGGUUCAACCCGUUCGCUGGACUCAGACUGCCAACCUUCAUCCCCAAACGCAGCUGGAGGGGUGGGGUUGAGUUCUCCGUCUGACGAACUGUCACUCAACCCCCGGCGAGAUCUCUCCGUCCAACUGAGCUGAACUGAACCAGGGAGGAGGUGAUCACUCUGUGGGGGUGACAGUGUGAACCUGGUGGCUGGUGGAGAAUUCUCCUCCUCCAAGGAGGAGAACAAGCAGUUUCAAGAUGUGAGAUUUUCCUCCAUCUUCAGCGUAAUCUUCUACCUGGAAUCCUCCUGUGGCAGCAGGAGAGAGCGGCCUUCAGCCAGAGGAUCAGGGAUCAGAGUCCUGGAGCUGACACUGGAGAUGGUUUGACUGAUACAAAGCAGCUACAGUGGAGCAGCUUUAAAAUAAUUGAUUUGUUAUUAAUGAGCGAGUCAGCUGUGGUCUGACAGCAGAGUGAAACUUUACUGGAACUCUGUCGAUUUGACUCUCAUGUCUGUUUCAUCCUGGACAGACACAAGCUGCUAUUAGAGGGAUGUUUUAGUGCUUUCCUCUGUUUGUGCAGGAGGAAACUCACAUCACAGUAUCAGUUCAUUUUACACAGUUCAGUCUGUCCACUGCAGUGCAUGAAAGGAAGAUUUCAGUGUUUUGGGCAAAAUACUCCUUUUUCCUCCUUACCUAGACUGAGGCAAGAUCUUCAAUAACGUUUUCACCUCUGUACAUUUGGUGGUUUGGUGCCUAUGAGUAGCAUUAGGUUUAUUUUUCCACUUUGACGGAGCUAGGCUAAUGACUACCACAGACUUCAAGUCUUUGUGCUAAGCUAUCAGGAAAUGCUACCCACAGGAACUGAACCACUGGAUGUACAGAGGAGAAAAUGCUGUCCAACAUCUGGUCUCAGUCUAGAUAAGUCAUAAAAAUAUUGACGUAUUUCUUUAAAGUUCCCAUAUUACACAGAAUUGUUUAUCUCAUCACUUCAUAUCUCAGAAUUUUAACUUUGUAUAUAAAAGCAGAGAGAAUGUGAAAUAUGAAAUUUAAAAGUUUUCGUGACAUCACUCAGGACUGACAGGUAAAAAGCCCCUCCCACUCACUGGCAGGAAGCCCAUCGCCAUGUCUUUUCCUUUUGAAUUAAACAUUUGUCAAAGAGAAGAGAAAACUGUUGAAUUGCAAAGAAGAACAUUAAAGCGCCUCUCCACUCGCUCCUCUUCAACCUGAAA